UUUUCAGGGUUAAAAAUGUCAAAUUUGGUCAAAAUCUUGACAAAUCGUCGGAUUUUGCUCUCUGCUGGAAAAUCCGCGAAAAUAUGUCGUCUUUCUUCAACUGCAGUAGAAACAUCAGAACCUGAUCAUGGUUUACUGCUGUCUGAAAGUGCUGUUAAAAGAUUAAAGGAAUUGGGAGGAGGAAACUCAUGUUUACGAAUAACUGUGGAAGGUGGAGGAUGUUCUGGAUUUCAAUAUAAGUUUGAUCUUGUGGAAGAUGCUGUUCCUGCAGAAGAUGAAAGAAUUAUUGAUAAAGACGGAGCUAAGGUAUUGAUUGAUGAGACCUCCCUGGAGUAUUUGAAGGGGAGCACCGUGGACUACCACAGGGAGUUAAUCAGGGCAGCUUUCAGGAUAGUCAACAAUCCACAGGCGGACACUGGUUGUUCAUGCGGGGCCAGCUUCUCAGUCAAACUUGAUCUGUAGUUCUCUACAAUGUACAGUAUUGUACUGUACUGCUUGUAUAGUGUGUACUAUAGUUUACUGUACAUUCUUGUAAUGUGCCGCAUCUAGAGUACACUAUACAUUCUUGUAAUGUACCGCAUGUAGAGGGUACACAAAUAUUUACAUUCAUAUUCAAUAUCCAUAUAUACCCUACAGUACAGUAUACUUAUAAACCAGUCGCCAGAAAAUGGCUGUGAACUAAAUUUAAGUCUCUUAAUUAAGAAAUGAAUUUAUUGAACUUAUUAUCAUUGAAUUGUUAGAAAUCUUAUUUAUUAUAUUUCAGA